UGUCGGGAGGAUUUGGGUAGAAACCCAUAAUUAAGUGGUGACAAUUUCUUUCGAACCACUCCGUACAUCGGCGUGGCUUGGCAGCAGAAGGAGGAAAGAUGCUGAAAGUUCUGUGCAUCGUCGCCCUUCUGGUCGGCGUGGCCCAGAGCUCUCAUUUCCGAGGAGCUACCAUAUCAUGGAAAGCAGAACAAAAUGUGGUCGACUUUACUUAUCGGAUUGGCUGGAGAAGGUCUUCGCAGUCAAGAUGUGACCAGAACUCCAUUGACAACAGGACUUUGAUUUCCGGAAGUGGAUCAUGGACAUCAGCGGCAGGAAGUCACCAGGCGUCGUACUACUGCACGGACUACAGCGAUCAGGAGGACUGGCAACAGGGGGAGGGGGCAUUCAGUCUCACGUUUCCCGACGCUGGACCACAUGUUGUAAGGCACGCCAGCUGCUGUUGGAUCACCGUGAGACGCCCGAGCGGCACCACGCACGCCCCUGGCUGGAGUGUGCAGACUCGUGUUGAACUUGGAACCAGGUCAGACACGGGGAGGCCCAACUCUUCCCCCAUCACAGCAAGCUCACCCAUAUACAGGGUUCAGAAUAAUUGCGACACCGUGAUCCGUAUCCCGUUUGAAGACCCUGACGGCGACAAGGUGAAGUGCAGGUACGCCUCUGUGUACGGAGAGUGUGGCGGAGCAUGCGAUCCCCUGCCGUUCUCAACCCUCGAUGAGGACAACUGCACCAUUACGUACGACACGUCAAGAGGAACCCUGCAGCCGGGAUGGUACGCCAUUUCCCUCGUCCUUGAAGAUUACCCAAUCAGCGGGGCUCAGCAUCGCAUCAAGCGGCAGGCUUGGUGGACAUCUCAACAACCUUGGUGGGGAUGGACAACAGAGGCAACCACCGAAAGUACUACCGAGUACCCGUGGUGGAGGACUACACAUUGGUGGGGCUGGUGGACCACUGAAGCUAGCACAACAACUCCGGCUACAACCCCAGCGCCGACCGCCAAGAGUACUACCUGGCAUCCGUGGUGGUGGACUACUCAUUGGUGGGGCUGGUGGACCACUGAAGCUAGCAUAACAACUCCGGCUACAACUCAGGUACCGACCACCGAAAGUACUACCGAUUACCCGUGGUGGAGGACUACACAUUGGUGGGGCUGGUGGACCACUGAAGCCAGCACAACAACUCCGGCUACAACUCAAGAACCGACCACCGAAAGUACUACCGGGCACCCGUGGUGGAGGACUACUCCUUGGUGGUGGGGUUCGAGGACCACUGAAGCCAGCACAACAACUCCGGCUACAACUCAAGAACCGACCACCGAAAGUACUACCGGGCACCCGUGGUGGAGGACUACUCCUUGGUGGUGGGGUUGGAGGACCACUGAAGCCAGCACAACUCCGGCUACGACCCCAGUGCCGACCACCGAAAGUACUACCUGGCCAUGGUAUACUGUGUGGGGAACGACUCAAGUAUGGGGCGCUGGCUGGGGUACAGCUGCGCCGAUCGAAACAUGGGCCACCCAGCCUGUCUUCACAGUCUCACAGGGAACUCCGAUGAGUCGCAUACCGCUACAGUUUCUUGUUUACGUUUACGCAGCCAACACUCAGUGCCAGGAACAGCCCCGGCUGGUAGGGUCAUCACCACAGGACAAUGAGUGCAUCGCGAUAGCAGACGGACAGACGUACACGGCAUCUGUAGAAGCAGAAGCUCUUACAUCCGGUGCAAUGAUUGGUGAAAUCCUGACCGUAUCACCACCGGGACUGACCAAGUCACAGCUACAGGCUGUCCCCAACAAUCCUCAGCGGUACCACGUCAACGUCACUUGGACACCUACACAAUCUCAGAGAGGACAACACAUCUUCUGCUUCCAUGCGGAGGACACAAACGGAUUAACUUCCGAGCAACGAUGCGUUACCCUUCUUGUGGGAGAUAUCUCUCCGGAUGCGGUGCCUCAAACACAAACACCUGAUGGACUGAUUGAUGUCACAAACAGGACAGAGUGGAUGAUCGAGUUUGAUACAGAGAUCCAAAGACCUUCGUUUUCGAGGUACAUCCGGUUCUACAACAGCAGCCAUGAUCAGGUCCACGUCAUCAACACCAGGACAUCCUCAGAUGUGUCAAUCAACAACGGCACCCUGACGUUCUGGACACCGCCCUACACAUUUGGGACUGGCGGCUACUACAUCCUUAUGGACCGGGGAGCAGUGGUGGGUCUGCACGGCUGUGCAAGGGAGGGACCGGCGUUUCCGGGAAUCUACGACAGAAGUGUGUGGGCGUUCUCGGGACCAGAUAACAGUAUUCGUCUUGUAAACGGUGGCAGCGCAAACGAGGGAACUGUGGAGAUCUGGCACGGUGGUCAAUGGGGGAACAUCUGUGACGAUGCGUGGGGCCUGAACGACGCUCAAGUGGUGUGCCGUCAGCUGGGGUAUCCAGGUGCGGACGAAGCAAAACAAUCGGCUUUCUUCGGCCUAGGAACUGGACCGAUCUGGAUGGACGAUGUAGCGUGUACCGGCAGUGAGAUGAGGGUGUCAGACUGUCGUCACCGGGGCUGGGGCAGUCACAACUGUGGUCACCACGAGGACGCAGGAGUGGUCUGCACGGAAGUGACCGAGUCAACAACCCUCCAGUAUACAACACCCCCUCCCACGUGUGACAGAGCAAUGGACCUGUUCUUCGUGCUGGACGGGUCCGGGAGUGUGAGCAGUGCGGAUUUCAGUAGAAUGAAGACGUUCGCUGCUGACGUGGUCAACACAUUCAGCAUCAGCCCGACUACCACCAGGAUUGGGGCAGUGCAGUACAGUAGUUCCCCGAGGAUGCACUUCAAUCUUGGAGAUUACAUUGACAAAUGGUCUACUGUCAACGCAAUCAACAACAUCGGGAAAUUGGGAGGAGGUACACAGACUGGAGCAGCCAUGGAAUUCACCCGAACUAACGCUGCAUGGAGGGCUUCACCAGUUCCGAAAGUAAUGAUCGUGGUGACCGAUGGUCAGUCCGGAGACAAUGUCCAGACCCCGGCUCAGGCCCUCACAGCGGACGGUGUGUCCGUCUAUGCCAUCGGAGUCGGGAGCUACGACAGGACCGAGCUGGAACAGAUCGCCAACGAUCCCGGAAAUCCAGGCAAAGUGAUCGGGCUGAACGACUUUAAUGCUCUGACACAGCAGAUCGGCCAGAUCGCGGCUGUAGUUUGCCACGAUGAGUGCUCGUCUCAGCCCUGCCAAAAUGGAGGCCGGUGUAUCGAUGGAGAUAACCGGUACGAUUGUGAGUGUGCGCCUGGCUUCAGAGGCGUCAACUGUGAGAUGCUCGACGGCGCUAGUUGCGAGGCUUGGGGUGACCCUCACUACAUAACGUUUGACGAGGCAGUGCAUCACUUCCAAGGGAAAUGUGACUACGUACUGGCCGAGUACCGCGGCAACACCAAAGACUUCAGGGUAGAGGUUACCAACGAGCCAUGCGGCAGCAGGUCCCACGUGUCCUGCACCAGGGCCGUGUACUUGGACGUUCAGGGAUACAGGGUUUCCAUACUUCAGGGCAAGAAAGUUUUGGUCAAUGGAGUUCGCUUCACACCACCGUUCAACCUGAACGGUACUGUCUGGGGCAGCUACAGUGGCACGUCCGUGGUUCUGAAGACUGACACGUCAGUCAAAGUCUUUUACGACGGCUCCCAUUACGCAAAGGUAUUUGUGCCCGGGACCUACAGGAACCAGGUGCGCGGACUAUGCGGGGAUUUUGACGGUAACCAAACGAACGACUUCAUGACAUCCUACGGCUGGGUCACAGGCGACCUGAACACAUUCGGGGAGAGCUGGGCCACGAGUUGGUCAAGCUGUACGGGUGGUGGUACCGACGACGGCCUGUCGACAACACCGCCACCUGAUGUCUGCGAUCCUGUACUGCAGCAGGCAGUGGCAGGUUCAACCAUGUGUGGCAUGAUAACCGAACGCAACGGCACGUUCAGUGUCUGUGAGAACCUCAUCGACCUAGGCGUGUUCUACGAUACCUGCGUGUUCGACGUGUGCGCCAACAGCGGAGACAUAGCACAACUGUGCCAGAACCUGGAGUCUGCCGCCCAUGCCUGUGUGUCGGCCGGGCUCCAUAGUCUGUCCUGGAGGAGACAGGACCUAUGCCCCCUGUCAUGUGGGCCUAACAGCACGUACUCAGCAUGUACCAGUGCAUGUCCCAACACAUGCUCCAGUCCGAACUCAGAGUUGAACUGUGUAGACAGCUGUGUGGAAGGUUGUGUGUGUAACCCCGGGUUGGUGCUGAGUGGAGACAAGUGCGUACAUCCUUAUGAGUGUGGCUGCCAGCGCGAUGGAAGAUACUUUGAGGUUGAUGACGUCUGGGGAGAACCAGGGAGCCUCCAAUGUACCUGCCAUAGCUGGGGAAGCAUCUCGUGCACCAACAUAACCUGUGAGGACGAAUUCACAUGGACCGUCCGCAACUAUGAUUAUGGAUGCCACUGUCUUCAUCAGCACCAAUGUACAGCUCCAGAAAAGCCAUCUGAGGUGACGUUUGUGUCCGCAAGCGAAACAACUAUUACGGUUUCGUGGCCACCCUCACCAUUCACAACAUUCUACUAUGUCGAUAUCAUAGCACUGGAUAGAUCACAGUCGCUUUCACAUACGACACACGGUGGGCGCAUCGUCUUCACAGGACUAAGGCCAGGAACAAUGUACAACAUCAGCGUCUACUCCCAGCGAGGGUCAAGGAGGAGUCAUGAUGCUGCAACUGGACAGUUUGCAACAGCCGUGGACGCACCGACCGGGCUUCAUGUUGUCCAAGUGACGUUCAACAGCAUCACCAUCUCCUGGGCGCUGCCCCGUUCUACCCUGGUGAGGUUCCGGGUGAGCGACACCCCGGUAAGCGGCAGCAGUCGCGACCUCUACCCGCCGCCUGGUCCCCGGGACACCUCAGCCGUCGUUACAGGACUGCUACCCGGGGUCCAGUACAGGAUCACUCUUGUGGCAAUUGGGCUGUACGGGGAGAGUGCUGAGGCCGCUGUCACAGCAUCGACCGAUCCCGGACGUGGAUAUCUAACGUGCGAAACAUCCUACAUGCGUGUGGUGUUUAUGAGGGACGUUCUUGUGGGCGUGGAUGUGGACACUAUGCGCCUGCGUCACUCCAACUGCCGAGCAGACGUCAACAGUACGCACGUGGUGCUGACGGCGCCGCUGAAUGGAUGUGGGACCACAGCUCAAGACGGGGUCGACACCUCUAAAAUAUCCUUCACAAACGAGGUCGUCUCCGGCGCUCCUGUCACGGACGGUGUCAUCAUCAGGAACCUGGAGCUGCGCUGGCCGUUCCGCUGUGAUUACGUCCGGGAAGACGUCGUCGGAGUGGGGCCGAUCCUGUUUCCGAUUCCAUUGCCAAAUGUGACGAUCCCUAGUGGAAAUGGGUCCUUCACAUUCAGCAUGAACCUGUACCACUCGGAGGCAUUCCUACGGCCGUUUGAACAAACCGAAUUUCCUGUAAAGGUCACGGUGAACCACAUGCUGCACUUCGGCGUGGCAGUGGCUUCUGAAGUCUCCGGUGUCGUGCUGUUUGUUGAAAACUGCAAGGCUACACCAACCUCCAACCAUGAUGACGCCAGGCAGUACUUCAUCAUUCGGGAUGGAUGUGAAGAAGAUGACACCCUUGAGGAAUUCGAAACGUCAGACCCAGUGUCUCGUCGAUAUGGCAUCAGGGCUUUCAGGUUCAUCAAUCAGACAAUGGUGUACCUCCACUGUGACGUGAUGGUGUGCCUGGCGGAUAACCCGGACUCCCGCUGUGCGAGGGGAUGUGAGGCUCCACCGGCACGGCGCAGGCGUGAGGCGUCAGCCGGGAUGCAGCAGCGCGCAGCCGUGGUGCAGGGGCCCAUCGUCCUGGUUCCUGAGGAGACAACUCCUGCUCCACCUGAGUGUCAAUCUGACUGUCACGAACACGCGGUGUGCAGCGCUGAAACCAAGACCUGCGUCUGCGAGGAAGGCUGGGUCGGCAACGGUGUGCACUGUGAAGAGCGAGAGUUGGACUGGUGCAGUAUCAUUACCUGUGAUGUCACUGACAAUCGUCGGUGCAGGAACACUGCGGGAAGCUACGUGUGUGAGUGCAAGCCUGGAUUCAUGGAAUUCGAAGGAAGAUGCGAAGCACGCCAAGUGUAUCAAUUCUCAAUCCGUCUGCAAGCAAGACGGUUUUCUGAAGAUCUGAAGGACAAGCAGAGCGCGGCGUUUUUAGCCUUGGUUACCGAGGUCACCCAGACGAUUGAAGAGUUGUUCCACCAGACGGACAUGUCUGGUGUGUUCCUGGGGAUCGUUAUCCUGGGCUUCCGGAGCGGGAGUGUGCUGGUCGACAUGAGGCUCAACAUCCGGGAGUCGGCGGAGGAAGGUCAGGCUCAGGUGACUGCGGCGUUCCGCGAUGCCGUGUCGGGUCGGAACGGAACUCAUCUGGCCAUAGACACGGAUUCUGUUGAGAUGACGGACUUUGACGAGUGCUCGAGUCCAGAGCACCAUGACUGUCCGACAGAAGCCCUCUGUGUGAACACAGCAGGAUCGUUCACCUGUCAGUGCCGGGACGGGUUCAGGGAUCAGUCCGCUGCACGGGGUGAACGCCCCGGAAGGGUCUGCAUUGCAGCUGGAGACGACUUCCCAGUGAUGUGGGUGGCUGUGGGAGGCGGGACGUUGGCGGCCGGUAUUGUCGUUGUCAUGGCAACGUGUCUGUGUGUCCGCAAACGCCGUAAGCAGGAGCGCAAGAGGAAGGGAAGGGAUGACAUGGAAGCAUACGACAACGUGGCUUACGUCAACGCAGUGAACGUGCAAGGCCACUCUGGGCCUGUAGGUGGCGCCCCGAUCCCACUUACCUCACUGUCUGGAUCUGCUUGAGAGUGGCAAGACAUUUUUUCAUGAAAAGAUUGUGUGUUCUAUAUUGUUUUAUAGGAGGCAAGAUUAUUUGUCAAGUUCUGUUUGAUUUGAUGAUAGAAUUCGAAAGAUAUGUUAGAAAUUAUAUUUAACCCGGAGUUUCACUGUAAAAAAUAUUCUACUUCGCGGGGCUAACAUUAUUUGGUUGAAGACAAUAGUAACACUCUAACCAUUGACAUAACAAAUAUCUGCAGCGACAAUCGUAAGAUCGUCUUCAACUAUACCUUUAAAAAAAUCGAUACAAAUGAACACAAAUGAACAAGUAAACACAAAACGUACCAGCAUAUGGAUAAACCAACAUUUUGGAGUUCAACAAAUCGUUUACGUUUCUGCCUCUAAGCUCUAAACGUUCUUUGAUGUAUUUGCCUGUUUUACACAGUAAAAAGUAUCUCCCCUAGAAUAUAAUUGGAUUUAACAAUAGAUGGGACGUAUUGAUUUUUUAACGAGCAAGUGAACAUUAAGAGUAGCUAUAGGUAUAUAAACUAGUCUGUGCGUGGACGUAUUUGUCAAAAUGUUUUUACAAAUAUAUUGCUCGGUGUGUAAUUAUGCAAUGCUAGGUGGAACCACGUAUUAUCUUACCUAUUACAACUGCUUUACUCCUGAAGCUUGGUUCACUAUAUUGAAGAUUUUAGAGGCUACUACUUAAUUAAUUAAUUAAUAUUUUGUGUGUUAUUAAAUUACGUGGUGGUUUUGAAUAAAUUCGAAUGAACAUACGCCCAGUCUGAUGACAAUGACGUUAGCCUCUCCCACCCACAUGACGCAAGUUUCACGCUCUUCCGUUAUAGUUAAAUUUUGUGCAACAUUAUAAAGGUCUUUUCCAUCGUGGCAAGUAUUAUGUAAUGCAUUGUUUUCCAGAAACCAAUUGAAAGAUCCUUUGUCCUAGAUUUGUCACUAGAGUAUACUUUUAAAACAUCCUUUAUUAUAGAAUCCCUUUAUUUAGCUGCAAGAGUACAAAUAUCUCCAGAACCAUGAAGAUUUCUUAAGAGUGAUCACCUUUA